AUGUCACUGGAACCUCUCUCAGUAUAUGCUGCUCGCACCACGGAUGAUUUGGAGCCACUUGACUCCGAGCUACUUAUGUUGAUUGCUGCUGAUGAUGCUGAUACUUUUUUUCCAAAGGAGGUUGAGGUCUACAACAAGGAAAUUGUCGACGACUUUGCACCUUUAAACCCUUUGUCAAUACCGAUGGCAGUGGACGCGUUCAACCCUGGUUUCUCACAUCUGGAAGUGCUAGAUCUUAUGAAUCUUCUCGCACCAGAGACUUUAAAAAUGCCGACCUUUGUCCGAAGCUACUCGGAGCCGAUCAAGAAGAUAAGCAAGCGCAGUAAAAAGUGCACGUACGCUGCUCGAAGGAGAGAGGUGGCAUUUCUUCGCCAGGAGUCAGUAGUGCUUGAAAUACGCCUGAAUGAAAUGCGCAAGAAUCACUUUGCGUCACCUCGAACACGUGAGCAGGCUGACCGUGAAACGUACAAUCUGGCAAAGUCCAAGGAGGAAAACCAGCGCCUUCGUGCUUUGGUAUCGAAUCAAGAGGCCAAGAUCCGUCAAGCUGACGCGUAUAUGGUCAGUGUCAACCACCCCCAGCAAUCCGAUUCAAUGCUAGCACACCUCCUUACGAAGAAGGUGUGCCUUUUUGAACCGAUCUAG